GCAUUUAAAAUUGUUUUAUUUCCGGUUCCGGUGGUAUAGUGUCCUUCUCAGGCAGGCGAUAUGUUGGCCCGGUUGUCUCGGUUCGGGCUCGCAUUGCCCCGGUCUCUCGCUGUUCCACCUGCGCGCUUUGUAUCCCAGUCCAAAGCAUCCAGCGCCACCGCUUCCACGGCGGUGACCGAGCUGCACCGCCCCGGAGAGCAGGCCGGACACGGUGAGGUCAGCCCGUAUGUCAAGAAUCCAGAUUACCACGGCUUCUCCAGCGAUCCUGUGGAGGAUGAAUGGAACAUGAAGGUUGGCUUCUUCUUGGGCAUCUCUGUGGCUCUUGUUAUUGGAGGAACCUUUAUCCACUACUUACCAGACCACGGUAUGCGGCAGUGGGCCAGAAGGGAAGCAGAGCGGCUCAUCCAGGUCAGAGAGAAAGAAGGUCUGCCUCUCAUCGAUGAAAACUAUUAUGACACAACGAAAAUUAUACUGCCUUCAUCUGAGGAAUAAACCUUCAGCACUGUCCCACUGUAUUUCAUGGUUAUUGUAAAUCACUGAUAUAAUAAAAGAUAUUCUU